CGUGAGCCUCUCUUGGUGUGUUUGUGUGAGUGCUUGGAGUUCUUAAGUGGCUGCCACUGUCACCCUCCAACGAUUUAUUUUGUUUUUGGGGGGGCAAUGGCAAUCACAACAACAAGCGGUCUUCCCAGAAAUCGCCUCCAAUUUUAUUUGGCCAAACGAGAAUUCGCGGAAAGCUGUACGCUCUAUUGAUAGUCAAAGGAAAACGUUUUUGGGGAAAGCAUGCUACUGAGAGGGUCACACUAGGCACUGCCAACAAUCGUUUAUCGGCAAAGUUCACCUCUUACUUAAUAAAAUAAAUAAAACGAAGCAAAAAAAUGCUAACCCGCGUGUUUCGCUUGAUUCACGACAAACGUCUGAGUGUGCCCAUCCUGCGAUGCUUUCACCAUGAAUUCUCCAAACCUCCAACACCCCCUGAGGAGAAGGAAGCUAGUCCCGGCCAGAAUUUAGUUGCCGGCGUGCAGAACAAAUAUAAAGUUUUUAGGGACGAAGACGCCACCGAGAUUUUUGAUGUAGAGGAGGCGCGCUACCAGGAGCAACACCAGUUCCCGGUUGAUUCGGAAUUGGAGCAGGACCAGUACUACGGACUGAAUUUAAAGCGUGGAGUUCGAGGCGUAUUUGAUGUGGAAGAUUUGGUGGACCUGCUGCGCAAGGAGAAUGUUGACGACAUAUUCGUUUGCUAUGUGCCGGAAGACCUCAAAUACGUGGACCAUUUGGUAGUUUGCAGUGGACGUAGUUACCGGCACAUGCUGACCACGGCGGAGUUUGUACGCCGAAUGUUCAAGAUCAAGAGGGCUAAGGGCGACAUUUUGCCCCGCAUCGAGGGCGACAAGAGCCGUGACUGGAUGGCCAUGGAUUUAGGAAACAUUGCCCUUCAUAUUUUUUCACCGCAAGCUCGGGAGGAAUACGAUCUGGAGUCGCUAUGGGCCAUUGGGUCCCAGUACGAUCGGGAAAGCCAAAAACCCCACAAUCCGUAUGGCGACAUUUUCAUGGCUGGCACACCUGUAACGGUUGCGGAAAGUUCGAAGCAGAAGACAUAAAAGUUUAGAUGAAUUUUGUUGUGAAAUCAAAUAAAGAUGUAGCAUAGGUAUGGAAA